AUCAGUUUAUUUGCCCCAAGCAGGAAUCGACAAAUGACGGCCAGGUCGGCUUUGAACUGUGUGCCAGAAAAUUAUUUUGAAGGGAGGUUGUGAUUUUACCGGUGUCCCGCUGACUACUUCAGAUGGAAGGAUAUUUGCUGCGACAGUAACAUGCCAUCAACUUUUUGGUUUCUAGCCAUACUUUCUGCGCUUCUCAUUGCUUUGUUUAGUCAACUGGCUGUGGGUACAUGUGAAAUAGUUACCUUGGACAGAGAUAGUAGUCAACCACGGAGAACAAUAGCCAGACAAACAGCACGAUGUGCCUGUAGGAGAGGACAGAUUGCUGGCACAACGAGAGCCAAGCCAGCCUGUGUGGAUGUACGAGUUGUGAAGAGUAAGCAGUGGUGCGAAAUGAUCCCCUGCUCAGAAGGAGAAAUCUGUGGCUUAUUAAUGAAUAAGUCAGGCUGGACCUGUACACAACCAGGUGGUCGAAUAAAGACAAUAACGGUUUCCUGACACAUGCAAAGGAGAAAUCUUUGCCUGGGCAGCUUAUCCUGUGUGUGCCACUUAUCUUAAAAAAAAAUGAUUUCGCUGCUGUGAGUCUCCAUCUGUUGUCUGUCACUCUGUACGUUCAUGCUACAUUGUGGGAUCAAUAUUUUCUCCAGCAUGAGACUAAGCCUGACCUGCCCAGCUGUUAAGUACACAAGCCCUGCAGGAACUGAGGUAACUUCUCCCUUUAUAGACCAAUGCUGUCCAGUGACUAUAUCUGGUGAAAGCCGUCUUGCAGAUAGUCCAAUUAUUUCCACUUUGGGUCCCUUCAUAAAAACUGAAUCUUUUUCAAGGCAAACAUCAACGAAAAUGUGAACUAUUAGUUUAAUGAACAAGAAAAGGCAUCAGUAUAAUGAGAAUUCAUCAGCUUUUUCCUCCGAGACUUCUACCUAAUGACCAAAGAAUGAAAGACCUGUGCAGCUGAUGAAAGAAAUUGUACUGUUUGAGACCCCUUCAAUAAUUAUAAUCACAUGGAGUUAUCAAUGAAAAAUCUGCCACACCUCUGGAGGAAAGGAAAAUGUCCUUCAUAUCAUGGAGAUACAAUUAUAAUGGUAUAGCCAAUAUUUCAUUCUUUAUGGCAAUGUUGAAGCUGGGAAUUGGAAUGGCUUAAUUAACUUAAAGAACUAAAUAGCACAUGAACAUAAAACAGUGAUGGCAGAAUUGCACUGGCAUAAGAGGACCUCUCGCGUUCUGAGGCAUGUGCUCAUGCAUUUUUGUAACAUCGUGUGGGUUUUGUGCUCUAACUUGUCCUAUCAUACUACUGCAGAGCAUUCGGUAUGCUCUAAUCUGUUUGUUCAGGCCUGUGAUCUAUUUGACACAUUGCAGAAUCCAAUAACUUGAGCAUACUUCAACAAUGGCAUUUCUCAGUUCUGACAGUGGCAUUCUAAACAUGUUACCAUUCAGUGUGUUUAGAGAAAGAAUCUUAAUUUGUAAACCUUUAACAGAUUUUGUAUGUUGUAUCUUUGUAGGAAACCUAUUUAACUGUGUACGUGCUCAUCAUGUAAGACCUGCAAUGCCAUGAUGGAAAGCUGUG